ACGUUGAGUCGAGCAUCCUGUUCCUCCGUUGUAGUGUUUUGACGAAGUCAAGUAUUAAUUUGUGAGAUAUAGACUCUAGUUCUGAGAAAGUGACUCUUGUUUUUGUUGUUCUAAAAUGGGUUCCAACAAAGAAAACACGAGGACGUGUUGCAAGUGUGGAUCUUCAAGUGCCAAAGAUCCCAAUAUUACAUUAUAUCGCUUUCCUAACCCUGGCCCUAGAAAUAGCUUACGUUGUGAAUUAUGGUCCAAGUAUUGUUUUCCCAAUGAAGCCUGGGCUUCUCCAAACUUCCAAAGGGAACUACAUUCCAAACACAAAAUGUUGUGCAGUAAACAUUUCAGAGCAACAUGUUUUUAUAACAAAAAGUUAUUUAAAACUGCAGUACCUGAUGUAGAAACUGAAGAGACUUCUACAAAUAUCUCUGAUACAAAUGAUAUUUUUCUGCAUAUUGCUGGCACAUCUAAAAUGGGUCUUCCUGUUUUGGAAUCUCACUUGGAUAUCCCAAAUCCUCCUUGUGCACAAAAUAAGCUUGAAGUAUGUCAAGGAACUUCCAAAAUGAAAGAACGACUAUUAAAAAUGAAGAGAAAAAUUAACAAAAUUUAUAGACUUGAGAAAAGCAUAAAGCAUUUAAAAAAUGAGACAUUUUUAAAUGUUUUGAGGAAAAAUGAGACAGUCACAGAAAUUCUGCAAACAAAAGUAACUCCCACUUUUGCCUUAUUACUCCAAGGAGAACUGCAGAAUUUUAAAAGAAAAUCUAGGGGUCGUCGUUGGAAUUUGGACGAGAAAAUAAUUGCACUGGGGCUGUACAAAAAGUCCCCAACUUGUUACAAAUUAUUAAGAAGAAUGAUUUGCCUGCCUGCUCCUAGUUCACUCAAGUCAUUGUUAAAUAAAUUUCAAAUGAAUGCUGGACCAAAUAAACAAAUUUUGCAAAUUUUGAAAAAGUAUUCCAAAUCCUUGCUGCCAUCUGAGAGGGAAUUCACUCUUUUAUGGGAUGAGAUGUCCAUCAGGAAACAUUUGUGGUACAACCCAAAGGAAGAUGUAAUUGAAGGCUUCCAAAAUCAUGGAACGCAAGGGAGAUUUUCACAAGUGGCUUCUCACGCCCUUGUUUUUAUGGUGGUGGGCAUCCGAAAAAAAGUUAAACAGCCAGUGGCAUAUUAUUUAUCAUGUGGCUCUGUGACAGCAGAUAGAUUGUCUGUAUUGAUAAAAGAGGUUUUAAGCUCUUGUUUUGAUGCCGGGUUGAACAUUUGUGUCUCUGUUUGUGACAUGGAUGGAGUGAACAAGAGAGCUCUCUGUCUCUUGGGAACAACUGCAGAGCAUCCUAUAAUUAAAGUGGGUGAACAUGAGAUUGUCAGUAUAUUUGACACACCGCACUUGCUUAAGUGUUUUAGAAAUUGGUUUUUAAAAUACAAUAUAAAAUUCAUGACUGAUAUAACAUCUGAAAACAGACAAGGAAUUGGAAUCGCCAAAUGGAGCCACAUCAAACUGUUUUAUCAAUUGGAUAACAGUAAUCCAAAUUUUGUGUUUGCACCUUCUUUGAGAGAAGAACACCUUAACCCAAACUCCAAACAAUAAAUGAAGGUGAAACUUGCUGCACAAGUUUUAAGCCACUCUGUAGCAGCUGGAAUGUAUUCAAAAAUAGCCACGGGAGACAUGCCGAGUGACGCUACUCAGACAGCUAACUUAAUAGCAAAAAUGGACAUGCUAUUUGAUAGUGUAAACGCAAAUACGCCAGAUCUAAGAAGAGGCAAAAAGUUUUCAACAAACAUAAAAGAAAAUACAGAACACAUAGCGUUAUUCCGAGAGAUGAAAGAAAUUUUUAAAAAUUUAGUUUUCCUACAAUGUAGAAAUCAACCACCUUCUAAAGAAGGCUGGAUAUGGACCCUUAAUGGGUUAGAAUUAGUCUGGCAUUACAUGUCAACGAAACAUAAAGCUAUUAAAAGCCUCUCGACAAGGCGAAUUCAGCAGGAUCCAUUAGAAAAUUUAUUUGGCUGCAUAAGAGCAAACUGUGGAUCAAAUAUUAAUCCCACAGCAAGCCAAUUUGUUGCGGGAUUAAAAACUGCUGUACUCAGCAAUACGGGAAAUAUGGGAAGUGGGAAUUGUGAAAUUGACGACAAUGAAGCAAUAUUAGGCAACUUCAAGGAUUUGCUAAAACCAGCCACAGACAUAUUAUCAGCUACAAACUCAAACUCAAACAUAUUUUUUAAUUUAUUAAAUGAUCAUGACAUUUAUUCUUCCAUUGAGGGAAAAACUGAAGAAGCCAAUGGCGAAAUGCAAGCUUGUGCAUAUGUCUGUGGCUUUAUUGUAAAAAAUCAUAAGAACAAUAAUUGUCAUUAAUGCAAAAAAAUAUUUGUUUCUAAUACACAAGAGGAAGUGCACAAUUUUAUUGAGUUCAAAAACUAUGAAACAAUUAAAAAGUCACUCAUAUAUGCCUCGAAGGACUUAAUAGAUUUUGUUGAGAAAAGUGCAACAAUAAUGAAUAAUUUCCUUGAGACAGGCAUAUAAAGAGGACAUUAAGAAAAAAAUUAUAAGUAUAUUAAAAAGUACUGUAAAUUGUGACUUCCUCCAAAGCUGCUCAUUGCACAUAAAUGAAAACAUAGAGUAUUUAAUAAACAGUGUUUUUUAUAUAUGUGUCAAAAGAUAUUGUGUAGUUAGAAACAGAUCUUUUGCCAAAGAGGCUGCUGCGUCCAGUCUUAAAAGAAAAAUGAAUAUUAUUUUACAUAGAUAAAAUCAGUGUGCCUGACUCUAGCAGGAAAAAUUGUUGUAGAUUGAUUUGAAUAUAGUAAAAAAUUAGAGCACUAUCUCCUGUAAAUAUGCGCGAAAUUAAAAAAUGAUGCUUGUAUGUAACCAUUUCGGAAAUAAAUUUAACUGCCAAUUCUGCUGGAGUGACGCUGUUCCACAGGAAGAUUUUUAAAUGAGCGUAAUGUAUAUUAGAAAAUAGCUUUUUUGUAUGUACAAAAAAGUGCGAGAAAAAUGAAAUUUGGGCGGCUUACAGUUUUAGAGUUAUGAAGUUUCCCGCUGGGGUAAUUUGCUGAAACAGUUGAUUAUGCUAUCUUGGCUUAAACAUAGAUAAGUAGCUCUGAAUUUGUGACAUAAUAUUUUCGUGCACUUUUCUGUACAAAAAAAGCUGAUAUACAUUACAUACUCUAAUAUUCUGAUAUACAUUACAUACUCCUCCGAUUGCUCGUUUAAAAAUCUUCCCGCUGGAACAGCGGUACUCCAGCAGAAUUAUUCUUUUUUUUUAUUUCGCACACAUUUACAGAAGAUAGUGCUCUAAUCCUACAAAUCCCAAUCCUACUAAUAAUAUUAAAAGUGCCAAAGUUUGAUGUGAUGUGAUGGAUGUAUGUUUAUGUGUAGGUGUGUAUGAUUGUUACUCUUUCACGCAAAUACUACUUAACCGAUUACAAUGGAAUUUAGCACACAUAUAGAGGGUAACUUGGAUUAACACAUAGGAUAGGUUUUAUCGCGGAAAUUACAU